GGGGAUGGGUACGUAUUUUCGGAUGCAAUGCUAUUCAAAUGGGGAUUGAUUUUUUUCGAAUCCUGAGAAAAGUAAUAAGUAAGUAAAGGGACAGCAACAGUUCUAGCGCAAUUUGACGCUUUUUUACAUGUAAAUCUCCAUAAGAAAAUCUAAGGUCCAUUCUGGUCAUUUUUGACGCUUUUUUGGUGGAGGCCGACGACUUGUCGGAUCGUAUCAUUGGAAAGGGGAAGAAAAAUGGGGAUGAACAUAGUAUGUGUUGUAUGCAUCGGAGCAGGCCAGAAAGGCAUUACGUCAUAUCUUUGUUUCUAUUGGUCGGAGCGGGGUGUUAGGUGGCUCGCUGGAAAGGGGGUAACGAUAGCACAAACAACAAACGUAAAGUCAAUGCCAAAAGGGCACUAUAUCGUAUCUCCGUUUCUAAUGGCCGGGUACGGGUGGUAUGAUACGGGGGGGGGGGUAGCAUGAUAGGGGUUGUGGUACGGGUGGUAUGAUAGGGGUUUGUGUGAGAAGGGUGUGGUUGAUAGGGGUUUGUGUGAGAAGGGUGUGGUUGAUAGGGGUUGUAGCGACGGAUAGAUGGGACAGGUGUAUUAAAUAAAUAUGUUGAGGCUGGGACUACUUUUGUGCGGGUGGAAGGGAAUGGUUGUGCGAUAAGAGUCGUGUAUGUAUGUAGGGCUUUGUAGGUGUUGGGUUAAUUGAACAAGAACUGGUCAUGCUACAACGGUAGUAAAAUAGUGGCUGGGUAAGAAAUGUUAUGUAUUAUUAGCACAAAAAUCAAGACAAAUGAAAUGCAAUGAACAACUUUAAGCACGUCAAAAUUAUGAGGUUCUAGUGUCAAACAAACAAAAAAUUAAAGCAUAGAAUAAUAAAAUAAUCAUAAUAAUAAUAAUAAAAUAUAACUAAAAUGUACCGAAAAAUAACACACCUUUAAAAAAAAAACAGAAUACAGCAAGCGUGAUGUAUAAAUCAUCAAUUGUGUAAAACAGCAAGUGUCGAAUACAGCAAAAAAAUGUGGGCAAAAACAAAUGACACACCAAUGUGAUAACCAUAGAAUAAUAAAAUAACCAUAAUAAAAAAAUAUACGUAAAUAUAACUAAAAAACAUACCUUAAAAAAAGCAGAAUGCAGCAUAACGUUUGAUGAUAAAAGCAAGUAACAACAAAAAACAUAUUGGCAGUGAACGGAGUAAAAAACCGAGCAAACUACCGAUAUGUGUUAAGCAUUUACUUGUAAUUGUAAAAACAGUUGUCGAAAAAACAUUAUACACUACAGACGCGGCCCGGAAUGUGUGGACAUCUAACUCUACGCUCUACGACGACGACGGUACGAAUGUACGAUAGAAAACUGUUUUUGUAAAAAUCGGUACAGACAUACAGAACACAUACGUUAGAAAAACAAGUGAUAAACAACGAAACACAGAUAACCCUUCAACGAAAGUUCUCGGCGAGAAAAUACAAAAACUGUCGAGCGCACGGUUGUUAUCAGCAGUAGCGGUUUUCGCCAAAACCACUAAACGCAAGAAUCGUGAAUAAUAAGAUUGAAAAAUAUUACACUUAAUUUUGGUUAAAAAUAUUGAAUAAAAAUAUCUAGGAAUGUGUAUGAAUAUUUUUUACAAUAAAAAGUCCCGCUAGAUUUACCCCCAAAAAAUAGUAGCAAAAAAAAGGUAAUUAAUUGCUGAGCAAUAGGUCUGCCAAUAGAUCGAAUAAUAUGUUUGUGACUGAUAAAAUCAAUCGACUCGAUGGUUUUGACAAACACAAAUAUGUUUUGCAUAUGGCCCCUGAUAUUCUUAUUAUUAUUGACUAGCAAAAACCAAUAUUGACCAAUAGGUCCUUUGACAAAACAAAAAUAUGUUUACGACAAACAACCCAAAAAGACCCUGAAAACAUGUAUUAAAGGGGUGUGCUUGUAUGAAAUGCUUCACAUCACAAGUUCUAGUGUCGUAGUGACUAUUUGGUAAGUACUCUCAUUUAUUAUUGUGAAUUGUACCAUGUAUUUAUUAGUGUUACCCGUAUAUUCAAUUUGUCCAUAAAAAUAACCAUGCUAAUAGUGUGUAGACUUAUGAAGUAGUAGGCUAAAACAAGCGUUAUUACAGAUACAGUCCUAUAUCAUAGAACACGCCACAAGUACCCGCAUCUCUCUCCUAGUUCUCGUGAAAAAGACAGAAGGAUCUGGAACAAAACACCCCUGCAACUUCUUACCCUGUGGUUCAAAAGCUGCGAGUGCUACAGAACGUCAAACAUUCCUCCACUUGAGUGAAAGGCUGCAAAUCACAAGUUCUAGUGACUAUUUGAUACAGUCCUAUAUCAUAGAACACGCCACAAGUACCCGCAUCUCUCUCCUAGUUCUCGUGAAAAAGACAGAAGGAUCUGGAACAAAACACCCCUGCAACUUCUUACCCUGUGGUUCAAAAGCUGUGAGUGCUACAGAACGUCAAACAUUCCUCCACUUGAGUGAAAGGCUGCAAAUCACAAGUUCUAGUGACUAUUUGAUACAGUCCUAUAUCAUAGAACACGCCACAAGUACCCGCAUCUCUCUCCUAGUUCUCGUGAAAAAGACAGAAGGAUCUGGAACAAAACACCCCUGCAACUUCUUACCCUGUGGUUCAAAAGCUGUGAGUGCUACAGAACGUCAAACAUUCCUCCACUUGUGUGAAAGGCUGAAAAUCACAAGUUCUAGUGACUAUUUGAUACCUACAGGCAGCCAUCUCCAUUCCUAGUUUCUCUCUUGGACCAGCGGCUGUGUACUGCAGAACACAACCAAGCAAAACCCACAGUAUCUUCAAAGGAAACAAAGGACAGAUAAAUAAAAAUGAGCCCUUCAUAUCUGGAAUAUCCAUUAAUCGUCCAGCGCCUAAAAUCUUUUGAUGAGUGGAUACCAACCCAUCCUAUAAAACCAAUAGUACUAGCUGUUGCAGGUUUUUAUUAUACUGGUAAAAAUGAUAAAGUCUUGUGUGCUAUCUGCGGGGUAGUUGUCAAUAAAUGGUCUGUGUGUGACAUACCUUUAUAUAAACAUAAAGAGUGUUGCCUGUUUCUGGCAGCCUAUAAAAAAGCUCAAAAACUACUAGCAGUCGAUGAACGCCUAAAAACGUUUCCCCCACGUUACAAAACAGCUAAAAAGCUUGCAUCCUGUGGUUUUUACUACAUAAAAGAAGAAGGGCUACGUUAUAUAACUAAUAAGGAUAUCACCACAUACGUUGCUAGAUUAGAUACAUUCCUACAGCAACCCGGACCAUCUAAACCUCUACGGCUUGCCAGUAUUAAAAGAGCUGCAGAGUUUGGUUAUAUACAAACAUAUGUAGGCUCGGAUAGUCGUGUGAUAAAAGCAGACAUGUGUUUAAUCAUAGAUGUUACUGUAAAAGAAGACAUUGCUGUGAAUAACGAGGUUAUUCAAAAUGGGCGUCUUAUUUGUAAAAUUUGCUUAAAUAAUGAAAUUAAUACAGUGUCGUUGCCCUGUGGCCAUGCGGCGAAGUGCUUAGACUGUUCUGUUGUAGUUCAAGAGACUUGUUGUAUAUGUAGAGCACCUAUUGCAUUCACAACAAGACUUUAUAUUUAAUGGUAUACGAACGUUGGCGUGGUUGCUUUCAGAUAUAUGUUUUGUUCAUAACGUUGCACAUGUUUCAAUGCUAUUUAUUAGGCCUGUGCUGUAUAUUGUUACAACAACCAGAACCCCCCCACCCAACCAAUCAGACAUUUUCGUUUUAUUAAUCCAUUUUUAAGUCGAAUCUAUUAGAAAUCGGUACAAGAACCUAUUGUUUGUUCUAGUAACAUGGCCUGUACUAUAACGCUUUUGAAUCGUCGAUAUGUACGAAAGUAUGACGCGUAUUUACAUACUUACUCAUUCACUACAAAAUCCGCACACAAUGGCACAGAGGACUUGAUCAAUACUUUAAAUAGUUGUUUAGAAGCUGUAAAACUAAAAUCAAACUAUGUAAGAGGUGAUAAAAUUAGAAUUAUUGCUAGUAACCCUCGCUUUAAUCAACCACUUUCCACAAACACGUCUACUACUACUACGUUUGGUACUUUGUUAGAUCUCGUUGAAGAUGUCUUGACAUCUGACGAAUCUGUUAGUAUCAACGAAAUAGUGUUUGACAUACAAGUACUGAAAUUACCUAGAGGCAAUGGUCGCACCCGUAUCUUAAAUUUGUCGAGAAACCGUCACACCAAGCGUAGCAUAACUGUUGUUCGUAACAAUGAUAAUUUGUGUGUCUUAAGAGCAAUAGUCGUUGCUUUAACAUACCAUAAAACAUCCUACCUAAACUACACUUUCACAUCUAGACAAAUUACAAACAUCCGAGCAGGUCGUAAUGCAGGUCAUACUGUAGAUGGUUAAAUUACAGUCCAAAUACCAUGAAACCUAAACAAAGAGACAGCUUUUUACAAUGGCAUGCUGAUAAAGUGUCUGAGAACUACAUCUUUGAUUUUCAAAAAGAAAUUCGUGAAUACUGUGACGCUGAUGUCGAUAUUUUGCGCCGUGGUUGUUUAGAGCUUCGUAAAGAAUUUUUAGCUGUGGCUAAUAUUGAUUGUUUUCAGUACGUAAUGAUAGCUAGCACAUGUUUAGCCAUUUACCGAUCGAAAUAUUUACCCACAAAUCAAAUAGCAGUUGUUGAAAAACAAGAUGUGUACAGCUCUGCAGCCAUUUCGUGGUUAUCGCUGUUUCCUGGCCUACGCCACGCACGCAACGGGGGAGAAGUGACAAUUUGUGGAUCCAAAGUGGACGGUUUUGACAAAGAUACAAAUACUGCCUACCAAUUCCAUGAGUCUUUUUGGCAUGGUGACCCUAGGGUGUAUAGUGCAGACACAGUCAACCCUGUCACUAAAGAACGAAUGGGUGAUCUAUAUGCGAACACUCUACGACGAUCGCAACAGAUACGGGGUGCAGGUUACAAUUUGGUGGAGAUGUGGGAACUAGAUUGGAUCAACUCUGUAGACUACAAAAAAGUUGAACACAUGGUGAAGCCACUACAACCACGCGAUGCUUUUUAUGGUGGUAGAACAAAUGCUACAAAAUUACUGGUAUAUGGAAAAAAGCUACGUCAUAUCGACGUCGUGUCUCUCUAUCCAACUGUUCAAUUCUAUGAUGCUUAUCCAGUGGGGCACCCUAUUAAACUAUACAAACCUGCUGUUUAUGAUUCUUCGUGGUUUGGUCUUAUUCUGUGCACAGUUCUUCCUCCUAGACAACUGUAUCAUCAUGUAUUACCACUAAGAACAACAAAGCUAUUGUUUCCUCUCUGCAAACAAUGCGUAGAAGACAUGCCAGAAACGUGUCUUCACACAGAGGCUCAGAGAUCGUUUUCAGGAACAUGGACAACGUUGGAGAUGUCGAAAGCUUUGGAAAAAGGUUAUAAAAUCAUAAAUAUUCACGAGGUAUGGCAUUUCGAGAAAACGUCUAGGGAUUUGUUUAAAGGAUACGUCAAGGAUUUUAUGAAAAUAAAAUUAGAAAGUAGUUCCCAUACGUAUGAAUCAUCCGAAGAAUAUGCUAGGGUAGUAAAAGAACAGAUAGGCAUAGAACUCGAUUUGGCGAAAAUAGCGCCAAAUCCUGGGAGAAGAGCUGUUACUAAAAUGUCUCUGGUAAGCCUCUGGGGAAAACUAGGCCAACGCCUAAUUCUGGCUCAGUCUGAAUAUAUCACUACCAGCAAACGAUGGUAUGAGAUACUGUUGGACGACACACUAGAUAUUACUAACUGCUUAUUCUUUGAAGACACCAUAGUUCAAGUAACAUAUCGCGUGAAAGAGCAGUUUGUGGAAAACUCUAAUGACACAAAUGUAUUUAUUGCUGCAUUCACAACAUCCAAUGCUCGCUUAAGGUUGUACGACAUGCUUGAUAAACUGGGUGAAGCUGUUGAACACCGACUCUGUCAUAUAUAUUCUUGAUGAUGAUGGUCUUAACACGGUCGAAACGGGUGAGAUGCUGGGUGACUGGUCUGACGAAUUAGCUGUUGAUGACUAUAUCACCAAAUUUUUUUCAUCAGGGCCUAAAUCUUACCAUUAUACGACACAGCUAGGUCACGUAGUGACUAAGCUAAAAGGUUUUACCUUCAAUUAUGAAAAUUCUUUAUCUCUAAAUAGGGAUGUUAUGGUUGAUAUAAUUACUAACAAACUAGACGACACUGUUUUGGUUAUGGACUAUAACAAACGUAGACCGUUACCUGAAUAUCAUAACAUAAUAGAUACGUUACCCUAGGGUUUCUAAUAAUAUUCUGCUUUUAUCACCUAGCCUAUUUAUUUAUCGUUUUUUGUUCUUGUAGAUAAUGACCGGAAGGCCUGCUCGUGUGUGUGUGGAUUGUUGUUGUACAAACCAGUCGUCUGUGCCUGUAGACGAGUGUUGGGACGACGAGUGGUUUGAAUCACCCCUACCACACAUCAAGCGACGAUACAUGUAUCUACACCUGAUGAGCUGUGGGGUUGAUUCAAACCACUCGUCGUCCCAACACUCGUCUACAGACACAGACGACAGGUUUGUACACCAACAGUUGAGUGUCUCUGUAGACGAGUGUUGGGACAAUGAAGUAUAUGAGUCUCCAUUAUCUCAUAUUAAAACAGCAGCAUCAUUUAAAAAUAUUAUUAGGGAGCAGCCACCGAAAAUGUCGAAAACGCAAAAAAAAAUUUCGACAGGCGGAACGUGAGCGCCACCGACUAUUGUUUUUUAAAUGAUGCCCUUGUUUAUGUGUGGGUAACAGUUAGGCUAAGUUAUUUUUUCUUGUUUUGCAGUUUUUUAGUUUUUACCCUUAUUUUCUAGUUUUUAGGUUUUUUCGUGUUAAGUUUUGUUGUUAAAGUUAGGUUAGUUUUGUGUUAAAAGUUGGGCUAUAGUUAGGCUUUUUAGUUUUGUAGUUUUUAGGUUUUCCCGUUAUUUUCUAGUUUUUAGUUUUUUCGUGUUAAGUUUUGUUGUUAAAGUUAGGUUAGUUUUGUGUUAAAAGUUAGGCUAUAGUUAGGCUUUUUAGUUUUGUUUUUGUAGUUUUUAGGAAGUGUUGUUGUUAAAGUUAGGUUAGUUUUAUGUUAAAAGUUAGGCUAUAGUUCGGCUUUUUAGUUUUGUUUUUUGUAGUUUUUAGGUUUUAGCGUUAUUUUCUAGUUUUUAGGGUUUUUCAUGUUAAGUUGCUGUGUUAUAAGAAUAUACUUUUUUCCUCA